AUGCAGCACACAACGUGCACGGAAGAUAGGAUCCACCAUGCAUUGGAAAGGUGCCUCCAUGGCCUCAGCAGAAACACCAUCUCUGCUAGUACUUGGACAGCCGGGCUUUGUCUGAAUUGCUGGAGCCUCCAGGAGCUGGUUAGUCGUGAUGCAGGGAACUACCUCAUCCUUCUGGAGCAAAUUCUGCAAAAGACUGAAGAGGUCCAAAAGAAAAGCGACUAUGAUCUGUUUAUUCCACUGGCCUUGCUCUUCAGUUCAGCUGUGCUGUGUACCUCACACUUCCCUUCCAAUUCUGACUUGCUUUGGAGAGCCAGGAGGACCUACCGUGAUUUCCUCACUUGGCCUGUGCCAUACUGCAAUAUCUGCCAGGAAUUGCUGACUUUUAUUGACAAUGAGCUCAAAGCCCCAGGGAUUUGCUUUCAAAGGCUGGUGAGGGCAGAGCACGGUCUGUCUGCCAAGAGCUCAGAGAGGUCCAUUAUAACAGUCCUGCUACUGAACCCUUCGGAGGUUCACAGUGAGUUUCUCUCCGUUGCUGAAAGGCUUAGUGCUCUGGAGUGCUCCCAGCACAUGCUAGCGGUUACCCUCCUUGAACACGUCUACCAAGCUAACUUUGGGACCAGUUGUGAUCUGGGGAGACUCCGUCAAGCUCUGAAGCUGAAGCCUGUGGAAGAGCUCAUGGAGAUAUUUGUCAGCACCACAGGAGCCCAGGAAUUGGCGGCUGCGACCAGCGAUGACCCUGCCGCAGCUAGGAAGCAGCUGCAAUUGGCUUUGCAGGAGAUAGCAAAGGCAGCGGGUCUGCCUGGAAUCAUAGGAGAAGCCCAGACACAUAAGCCCCACCUCAUCCCUGUUCCUGCUGCCCGCUGUCAUGCCUACAUUUGGGAUCAGGAUAAUUUUGACAUCUUGAACGAGGUACUAGAGAAGGAGUGCGACUACCCCAAGCCAGCAGUUCUGGAAGACGACGAAGAAGAGGAAACUGACUGCUGCUUUCCACCAAAUGAUUCUGUAUAUUCAGCCUUGUCAGAGGACUGCUCAUGUAACUCACGGGUGUCUAUCUCAGCCGUUUCCAAGGACCCCGACUCUGAGCUCUCAUUGGCCUCGACAAAGUCCUUCACAUCUUUUGUCUCCAGUCUGACGGACUGCAUGGACAGUGGUUAUGUGGAGGACAGCGACGAGAACUCUCUGGAGUCAACAGGGCGCUUGGAUCCGAGGGAGGAGAAGGUGUCGCCCAGGCGGCGGCAGCGGUUGACCAACAAGAUCUACAAGUUGUUCAAGAGCAAAAGCCAGCUGAUCCUGGGAGGCAAAGAGCUGAGAGACAUUUCGGAGGUGGCCUCCCUGUCGCUGCCCCUUCGCCGAGCAGAGAGCCUCUGCAACCCAGUGGCCAAGCACCACAUCCCUAUGCGCUCCCGGCGGGCAAAGUCACUGCCCCAACACAUACUGAGAUCAGCGCUUUUACAGCAACAGGCCCCAGAGAAUGUCUGCGUCCAGCGUAGGCCCUUCCUGAGCUGCGAUGAGGAUACAAAGAUCUCGACACUGCGUGUUGUUGUGUUUGGCUCUGACCGCAUCUUGGGGAAAGUCGCUCGGGCUUAUAGCAAUCUUAAAUCCCAAGAAAGAAGCUGCCCAUGGCUGACUCGGUACUUCAAACUGCAGUUUUUCUACGUCCCUGUAAAGAGGAGUGGUCCUACCUCAUCUCCACUGACCUGCCUUCCUCCUUCUCCCGGAGACCCUCAGGGCCACGCUUUAGGAUCUGCGGAUCCUGGUUUGGCGAGGAUGGAGAGCAGCACAAACAAUAUCUCCCAGUAUAUAGGUAUACUGGAUCCGUGGUACGGGCGCAACAUUCUUGGACUAAUGAACCUUCCCCCAGAUGUCCUAUGUGAGCAGUCCAUCAAGCCUGAGGGUGAAUCCCUAGAGGAAGCAGCAGAGCAUCUCCCCAUCCUUGCAGACAUGAUACUCUACUACUGUCGCUUCGCUACCCACCCUGUGCUGCUACAAGUCUACCAGAUCCAGCUCACUUUCAUUGGAGGAGAGACGAGGACGGAGAUCUUAAUCCACUCACUAGAGCUGGGUCACUCAGCAGCCACACGGGCCAUCAAGGCUUCAGGUCCAGGUAGCAAACGGCUGGGCAUUGACGGAGACAGAGAAGCAAUCCCGCUAACACUACAGAUCGCCUAUAGCAAGAGAGCAGUCAGUGGAAGGAACCGCUGGAACGACACCGAGAAAGUCUGCACAUCCGUCAACGUCUUCAAGGCCUGUAACAGGCAAGAAGAGCUUGAUUCAAAAACGGAAUGCUUGACGCUCACUGCGACAGAAGUAAUCAAAAGGCAAAGUUCCAAGUCCAAGAAGAGCUUCAAUCAGAUCAGUGUGUCCCAGAUAAAAGUGGACAAAGUCCAGAUCACGGGGGUCAACUGUUCCUUUGCGGUGUGCCUGGACCAGGAUGAGCGGAAAAUUCUGCAGAGUGUCACCAGGUGCGAAAUCUCAGCGUGCUACAAACCCAAGAUCAAUGAGCCCUGCUCUGGAGGGAAGCCCGCUUCUCUUCUCCCUUCCCAGGAUCCCUCGGAUUUAUGCUCUCUUCUGUGCCUGCCUGUUGCCACUUUCAGUGGGGCGCUACCCUAG